AUGCAGGCCUCUUCUUCACGGAAGUACGACGUGUUCUUGUCAUUCAGCGGCAUUGAUGCUCGCAACAACUUUACGGGUCACCUCUUGGCCGCUUUGGAUCGCAAUGGUUUCUACACUUUCAGAGACGACACUAAGCUCGCCAGAGGUGAAGAUAUUGGACAGGGACUCCUCAAAUUCAUCGAGGAUUCAUCCAUCGCCAUCAUCAUCUUCUCCAAGAACUACGCCGCCUCUGGAUGGUGCCUCGACGAGCUUGUCAAGAUCAUGGACUGCAGGAGGACCUUCAAGCAGUUUGUUGUUCCUGUUUUCUAUGGCGUCGAUCCCUCCAUUUUGAGGAUGCAGAGUGACUUUUACGCCCAAGCAUUUGCCAGACACCAAGACUGUUUCAAAGCACCACCCAAACUACGCCGCUGGAGGGAUGCUCUAACUGAGGCUGCCAAUAUUUCUGGCUUCCACUUCAAACAUGGGGAUGAGUCAAAGUUGGUUGACUCUAUUGUUGAUGUGGUUGCAAAUGCUUUAGAUCCAUCACUUUUAAGUGUUGCCGACUACCCAGUUGGAAUCGAUUCUCGUGUUGAAAAACUCAGGAAGUUGUUGAGCUUGAGAUCAAAUGAUGUUCUAAUUGUUGCCAUAUGGGGAAUCGGCGGAGUAGGUAAGACUGCAACUGCAAAAGCUAUAUAUAAUCUCAUACAUCGUAGCUUUGACAGCAAUAGCUUUCUUGAAAAUGCCGGAGGAAUUUGGAAGCAAUACAAUGGCCCUAUUAAGUUACAAAGAAGGCUUCUUUCUGAUCUUCUACUUGAUAAAAAUCAAAGCAUUAGAAACUUUCAUCAUGGAAUUGAGGAAAUAAAAUGGCAAGCAUGGUGUCGGAGAGUUCUUCUCGUCCUUGAUGAUGUAGAUGAUGUCUCCCAAUUGAGGGCAUUAGCCAUAAAUCGAGAUUUGCUACAUCCUGGAAGUAGGAUCAUUGUAACAACUAGGGAUCUGUCUACGCUAAGUUCACUUCAAGUGGAUAAGGUGUAUAUGCCUGAGGAGUUGAAUAAGGAGGAAUCUCUUCGACUCUUCAGUUGGCAUGCCUUUAGGAGAGACUGUCCUAUAGAAAACUUUGAGAUCCUCUCUGAGGAAGUCGUUAGUUAUGCUAAGGGGCUUCCUUUAGUUCUUGAAAUUUUAGGUUCCGUUUGUCAGAUAGGACCAUACCAGAAUGGAUAA